GAAAAGCCGUUUUCAUGUGUGAACUGUGGAAAAAGUUUUAGUCGAAAACUUAGUUUAACUCAGCACAUGAUGAUUCACACUGGUGAAAAGCCGUUUUCAUGUGUGAAAUGUGGAAAAAGUUUUAGUCGAAAACUUAGUUUAACUGAGCACAUGAUGAUUCACACUGGUGAAAAGCCGUUUUCAUGUGUGACCUGUGGAAAAGGUUUUUGUCAAAAACAGGUUUUAACUCAGCACAUGAUGAUUCACACAGGUGAAAAGCCAUUUUCAUGUGUGAAUUGUGGAAAAAGUUUUUGUCAAAAACGGCAUUUAACUCAGCACAUGAUGACUCACACAGGUGAAAAGCCAUUUUCAUGUGUGAAUUGUGGAAAAGGUUUUAGUCGAAAACAGCAUUUUACUCGGCACAUGAUGAUUCACACUGGUGAAAAGCCAUUUUCAUGUGUGAAUUGUGGAAAAGGUUUUAGUCACAAACAGCAUUUAACUCAGCACAUGAUGAUUCACACUGGUGAAAAGCCGUUUUCAUGUGUGAAAUGUGGAAAACGUUUUAGUCGAAAACAGGAUUUAACUCGGCACAUGAUGAGUCACACUGGUGAAAAGCCGUUUUCAUGUGUGACCUGUGGAAAACGUUUUAGUCAAAAACCUAGUUUAACUCAGCACAUGAUGAUUCACACUGGUGAAAAGCCGUUUUCAUGUGUGAAUUGUGGAAAAAUGUUUAGUCAAAAACUUAGUUUAACUCAGCACAUGAUGAUUCACACAGGUGAAAAGCCGUUUUCAUGUGUGAACUGUGGAAAAAGUUUUAGUCGAAAACUUAGUUUAACUGAGCACAUGAUGAUUCACACUGGUGAAAAGCCGUUUUCAUGUGUGACCUGUGGAAAAAGUUUUUGUCAAAAACAGGUUUUAACUCAGCACAUGAUGACUCACACUGGUGAAAAGCCGUUUUCAUGUGUGAAUUGUGGAAAAAGUUUUAGUCAAAAACAGCAUUUAACUCAGCACAUGAUGACUCACACAGGUGAAAAGCCAUUUUCAUGUGUGAAUUGUGGAAAAGGUUUUAGUCACAAACAUCAUUUAACUCGGCACAUGAUGACUCACACUGGUGAAAAGCCAUUUUCAUGUGUGAAUUGUGGAAAAGGUUUUAGUCAAAAACAGCAUUUAACUCUGCACAUGAUGAUUCACACUGGUGAAAAGCCGUUUUCAUGUGUGACAUGUGGAAAAAGUUUUAGUCAAAAACAGGAUUUAACUCGGCACAUGAUGAUUCACACUGGUGAAAAGCCAUUUUCAUGUGUGAAUUGUGGAAAAGGUUUUAGUCGAAAACAGCAUUUAACUCUGCACAUGAUGAUUCACACUGUUGAAAAGCCGUUUUCAUGUGUGAAAUGUGGAAAAAGUUUUUGUCAAAAACAGGUUUUAACUCAGCACAUGAUGACUCACACUGGUGAAAAGCCGUUUUCAUGUGUGAAAUGUGGAAAAAGUUUUUGUCAAAAACUUAGUUUAACUCAGCACAUGAUGAUUCACACAGGUGAAAAGCCGUUUUCAUGUGUGAACUGUGGAAAAAGUUUUAGUCGAAAACUUAGUUUAACUGAGCACAUGAUGAUUCACACUGGUGAAAAGCCGUUUUCAUGUGUGACCUGUGGAAAAAGUUUUUGUCAAAAACAGGUUUUAACUCAGCACAUGAUGACUCACACUGGUGAAAAGCCGUUUUCAUGUGUGAAUUGUGGAAAAAGUUUUAGUCAAAAAAAGCAUUUAACUCAGCACAUGAUGACUCACACAGGUGAAAAGCCAUUUUCAUGUGUGAAUUGUGGAAAAGGUUUUAGUCACAAACAUCAUUUAACUCGGCACAUGAUGACUCACACUGGUGAAAAGCCAUUUUCAUGUGUGAAUUGUGGAAAAGGUUUUAGUGAAAAACAGCAUUUAACUCUGCACAUGAUGAUUCACACUGGUGAAAAGCCGUUUUCAUGUGUGACAUGUGGAAAAAGUUUUAGUCAAAAACAGGAUUUAACUCGGCACAUGAUGAUUCACACUGGUGAAAAGCCAUUUUCAUGUGUGAAUUGUGGAAAAGGUUUUAGUCGAAAACAGCAUUUAACUCUGCAUAUGAUGAUUCACACAGGUGAAAAGCCGUUUUCAUGUGUGAACUGUGGAAAAAGUUUUAGUCGAAAACUUAGUUUAACUCAGCACAUGAUGAUUCACACUGGUGAAAAGCCGUUUUCAUGUGUGAAUUGUGGAAAAAGUUUUAGUCAAAAACAGCAUUUAACUCUGCACAUGAUGAUUCACACUGAUGAAAAACCAUUUUCAUGUGUGACCUGUGGAGAAAGUUUUCGUCACAAGGUGAGUUUAAUUCACCACUUGAGGCGUCACACAGGUGAAAAGCAGUAGAAGUAUUUUCCAUACAUGUUCUAUGUUGAGGUUCACUAUAGAACUGAUUUGGUUUAAAACUAGAAUGAAAGACUGGAGGGGUUUUGUUGGGUAAAUUGUGUUACUAGUAUUAUCAAAUAUUCGUUGUAUUAUGUAGUCUUGUAGUUACAUUUAGACAUUGUUUGCCAUAUAUGCUUUUACUCUUUAUUCUUAGUAUAAGUAAUACUUCUGUGUGUUAAAUAAUUCUGAUUCUUUCCUAAGGCUUCCUUGAGAGAGAGAGGUGAUAGAUACUCUCAGCAGGACUCCCUGGGAAAUGGAGGUGUUAAAUGCUCCCAGCAGAGUUUUACAAGCCUGACAAUAAACUCUGCUCUGUGUUUCUUUGUGAUACAAAGCCGUUGCUUUGAGGCUAUACAAUGUGUCCGAUUCAACGCCGUGCUUGGAGCAAAAGGGAUCUAGAGUAUAGAUAACAUGUGUCUAGACUAGUGAAUGUCAUUAGCGCUGCAACGAUGUGCCCCUCCAUCCUUUUAGAGUUGCAGCGCCCCGUGUGGCAGGGUUCCUGAAGAGCAAUAAAAAGAGAGGAACAGACAGAUGUGUUUCAGAGCGGUUGGAGAUUUGUAACUGAA